ACUUCGAGGCCACGACGGAGCACGUGAGCGAGUGCGUCUCUUAUCCCAACCGCGCGGUGACCGCACCGCAACGAAACCGCCGGCGCCUUCCGUCCUCCGUCUUCUCUUCGCUCACCCACCUCCCCGGUCCCCACGCCCCGCUUCGCCAUGAUGUCCUCGGCGCCGCCACCGGAUCCGGCCGCCGCUGGCGACGGCGUGGAAGACGGCGACAUGGAGACCCUCCCCCUCGCCGCCGCCUCCGACUACGCCUCCGUCGCCUCCACCUUCGACCCGCUCCUCUCCGCCGCCUAUCCCCCUUCCCCUCCCGCGCGCGCCGCCGCCUUCCCACUCUCCUCGACGUCGUCCUCCUCCUUCGUCGAUCCGCCCUCCUAUGCCGACGUCGCCGGUGCCUCCUCCCCCCGCUCCGCCUCCGCGUCCUCCUCCGCCUCCCCGAGAUCCGCGCGCGCCGCGGCCUCAGAGUACGUGCUCCUCGCGGUCUCAGACCCGGAGACCGAGGCCGAGCCCGUCGCCACCUCGCUCGUUCCCGGAUCCGCGCCCACCUACGUCUCCUACCUCGUCACCAGCGUCCGCCGCGGGGACCCCGGCCAGCACCGCCACGCCGUGCGCCGCCGCUUCCGCGACUUCGUCACACUCGCGGACCGCCUUGCGGAGACCUUCCGUGGCCACUUCGUGCCGCCGCGGCCCGACAAGAACACCGUCGAGAGCCAGGUCAUGCAGCGGGACGAGUUCGUGGCCCAGCGCCGCGCCGCGCUCGAGCGGUACCUGUGGCGGCUCGCCGAGCACCCCGCGAUCGGGCCCAGCGACGAGCUGCGCGUAUUCUUGCAGGCCGAGGGAAAGAUGCCGUUGCCUGGUAGCACCGACGUGGCGUCCAGGAUGCUCGAUGGCGCGGCGCGGCUCCCGCGGCAGCUCCUCGCCGGGGAGGAGGCUGUCGCCGCGCCGCAAGACGUGGUGCAGCCGGCCAAGGGCGGGAGGGACCUGCUGAGGAUAUUCAAGGAGCUCAAGCAGUCGGUGGUGGCCGACUGGGCUGGCGUCAAGCCGCCACUAGUGGAAGAGGAUAGGGAGUUCCUGGAGAAGAAGGAUAAGCUGCAGGAGUGGGAGCAGCAGCUCACCAGCGCGUCACAACAGGCAGAAGCACUUGUCAAGGCUCAGCAAGAUAUGGGUGAAACAAUGGGUGCGCUCGGAUUGGCAUUUAUCAAACUAACAAAGUUUGAGACCGAGGAGGCAAUGCAUGACUCGCAGAGAAUAAGAGCAGCUGACAGUAAAUGCAUAGCCACUGCAGCUGUUAAAGCUAGCAGGGCAUGUCGAGAUUUGAAUGCUCAAACUGUUAAAUAUCUGGAUACGCUGCAUGAUCAUUUGAGCAUAAUGUUGUCUGUCCAUACUGCAUUUUCCGAUCGGGCAAGUGCAUUAUUGACUGUACAAACGCUCAUGUCAGAUCUGGCAUCAUUACAGUCCAGGAUUGAGAAACUUGAAGCUACAGCGUCGAAGAUAUUUGGUGGUGAUAGAGCUAGGCUUCGCAGAAUUGAAGAGCUAAGGGAAACAAUAAGGGCUACUGAAGAUGCUAAGUUUUGUGCUUUAAGGGAGUAUGAGAGAAUAAAGGAAAACAACAGAAGUGAACUCCAGAGGUUAGACAGAGAAAGGAAGGAAGAUUUCCUGGAGAUGCUAAAAGGAUUUGUUACAAGCCAGGCUGCGUAUGCGGAGAAAAUUGUAGACGGUUGGGAAACAGUGGCAGAGGAGACAAGCGGGCAUGCGCGAAGAUCUAAUAGCAUGGCAUCUUAGCUUUCCCGCGUUCGGAUGACAAGUGUUUGUACAAUGUAAUCUAGGAUGGAUUUUGAAAUAGUAGAAAGACGCACCAGAUUCAAUUUGUUUUCAUUUACUACUUGAUUAAAGGGCACUGGCUGGGUUCGCAGUCGCACGUGAUUGCCAAGAGUAUACGCGAUUAUGUGGAUUAGGCGAA